GCUAAGCCCUUCGCUUUCCGCCGGAGCCUCGCCGGUCCCUCCGUGGCCUCCAGGAGGCUCUCGAGCGAGGCUUUGCCGCCUGAGGCGGCACAGCCUCCCAUCGACUUGCGCCGAAGCCCACAUCGCUCCGAUCCUCCCGCGCCUUCUCGGUCACACUCCCCGCCACGGAAGCUGACAAGGAGGUUCUGGAAGCCUGAAAUCCUCAACCAGGCCAAGGUUUCCCAGAAGGUGGAGGUCUUUGACAUCCCGGGAUGGCCCACGGAGGCACCGGUGCUGGACAGCGCUCCAGAACAGGCACCUGCAACAGCUGCCAACGGCAUCGCACUCGGGCAGGCCUCCUCUUCAAUACCGGCAUUGCAGUGUGCCACAAGCGCAGCAGCUGCUACCGAGGUGGUGGACCAUGACGCGCGAGAAGGCACCGAUAUCGAUGAGGACGAUCAAGUCGUGGAAGUCGGCGAGGAGCUAAACCUCGAGGGGCUGGUCACGCUGCUGCUGAAGGGACGCCGGGACGCUGGCGUUUGGGAGGAGGCCCUCAGCUCGUUCUUUGCGUGUCCACUCCGGGCCCUUCUGGAUGCAGAGCUUGCAGAG